CUUUAUACGUGAAAGGAAGACUGGUUCGGUUGGGGGGGAAAUGCGCCCCCCGGGGUUGUGGGAGAGACCCCCCAUCCCCAUUUGGCUGCUACUGAUCUACGUCUCCCCCAGGGGCGCAGAUUGUAUUGAAGUUAAAAUGGGGGAGUCUCCAAUAAAAGCACUAAAGGACCAAAAUGUGUUCAUUUCAUGUGUCAUACCAACUGGCAGCAACACAGGAAUCAAUCCAGAACUUAUUGCUGUCAUCUGGACCAUGAAGCCCUUCCUUGGGAGGGAAAAAUAUGUGUAUAAGUAUGAAGAUAAGACUACAAUCCCGUACAAUCCAAGGUCAUUUAUAUCAGAGACAGAUCUCCUAGCAGGGAAUGCCGGGCUGCACAUAUGGCAGGUUCAACUGAGUGAUGAGGGAGAAUAUUCCUGCACUGUCUUUUAUUCUCCUAAUAAAGCCAAAGGCACAUCAACAUUACUGGUGUCAGCUAAGCCGACAGCAAGUUUGGUUUCACCUAAGGAUUUUGAGGCUGGAAAGGAGCAAAUGGUUUCAUGUGAAGCCCAUGGAUUUUACCCAUUUGAAAUAACUAUUCACUGGGAGAAGCUUCAUAAGGUCUACGGUCGUUCUCCAUUGGAAUCUGAUGUUUACUUGAAGGACCUAGUUAGAAACCCAGAUGGAACCUUCAGCAAAACAAGUCUUCUGAUACUAAAUCCUUCUGUAGCCAAUGACAAAAUGACAUUUUUCUGUAUUGUGUCCCAUAGAUCAUUGACAGAACAACUUCUUCUGAAUUUUACUUUGCAUGUUAUAGAUCUGGAGAACCCGAACAAUAAUUCCAGUUAUCAUUUCAUAGGGACUGUGUUUGGAAUUGUAGUUGUAGCAGCGGUUGUAUUAGGCCUCGGCAUCUGGAAAUGUCCUGUGAAGAGUAAGAAACCCCCCAAACUCUCUCCCAUUACCGGAGCGGAAAAUUUGGUGCAUAUGAACGAGGCGACUCUCUCCUGCCAGAUCUCUGGUUUCCGACCCAAACCCAUCAGAAUUACAUUGUUUUUGAGAAGAAAUGGGGGAGAAGUGAUGGAAAUUUACUCCUGGGAUUCUGAGGCCCAAACUGGUUCCGCUGCCCCAGUGGCGCAUCACAGAGAUGAGAAGAGUGUGGUUAUUGCGCCAGAGAGAGAGGGGUUAAUUGGAAAUGGGAAUGUGCAAUAUCUGCCCCCGGCACAGAGGGCGCUGCAAGUGGAAAUGGUUCCUGUAAUAACAACAAGUAAAUAUCAGCGACUUUCCAACUGUCAGUGCACAAUCCGUAUAACCCCCAACAUAGAGGAAGAUGAUGGGGCAGAACUGACUGUGAGGGUCACUCACUCUGCCCCGAGGGGCCCCAUCUCUAAGUCCUGUCGGCUGGAGGUCAGGGGAGUUCCCCCCAGUUUAUCCAAAAUCGUAUCCCCGCUCCGUAUCCUCAAUGGUGAAUCGCUGACUCUGACCUGCCCAAUCAAUGGGUUCAAGCCAAAGCUGCUCUCUGUUACUUGGCUGAAAGUGGAUCCACUGGGUCGGGAAACAGAACUUCUGAGCUGGGAUCGGGGUUCAACCAACAUCCGUGAUCCCAAAUAUUCCCAUGAGAUACAAGAGACUGAACAUGGAGAUCAUUCCAACAACUAUAAAAGUGUUUUAGCAAUUAAACCAAUGGUAAAAGAAGAUCAUGGUGCAAAAUAUAUCUGUAGAACCUACCAUUAUGCAACUGGUUCCCGGGCAGACAAAACCAUGGAAAUGCUGGUUUCAGCCGUGCCGGUGCUGGAUCCGAUACAAAAAUCUCCAGAAACUCUAUUUUUUGGGGAAGAGAUGACGUUAUCCUGCAGAAUCCAUUCCUUCCACCCAGAAGCACUGGGAGUUUCCUGGUAUAAGGGGGAUGAGCUCUUAGAAUCACAAAAUGACCCAAUACUCUACGAUGUCAAUGAAUUGUUCUAUUUAACCAGUCAUGUAACAUAUCGUCCAAAUGAGGAAGACCUUGGCACAAUCUUCAGGUGUGAAGUCUCUCAUCAAAGUCUUGAACAUCCUAAAAGUGUUUCCUGGGAACUAGAAAUGCAGAACUUCAUGGUUCCUAAAGAAAUCAUUUGCCAGCCAGAUCCCAUAGAAUACGGAGAACCACUAACCCUAAGCUGCGAGGUGAUUGGUUGUAAAGAUGAUGACAUAACAGCAGAAUGGCGGGAGAAUAAUGAGCCAAUAAAGAGGCAAAUGAAAGCAGAAACCCUAACGAGCAACGAUUCGACCUUCUUUCUCCUCACACUGACGCCUACUGUACAGCAUGAUGGGAAAUUAUUCACCUGCCUGAUAUCCCGCAGGAACCAACGUCACGCAGUUAAAAAAACCAUAUCCCUGAAACUUCCAGACAAAUUACCUGUCUUAUCAGAAAUCACAGCCUGCCCAACAUUUUUUGAGAUCAACAGAGAAGCCGCCUUCACUAUAACCAUCUCUAGAUUCUCACCUAAGCAACUCCAAGUGAAGUGGCUGAAAUCCUUCACCACAUUGACAGAGAAUAUAGAGACCACAGCGCCCCAGACAGGAAGGGACGGGUUAUACAGUUGCACCAGUACAUUAAGAUACACCCCGACCGAUGCCGACCUCAACAUGUCUAUCCGAUGUGAAGUCACUGUCAGUGGGGAGACAAAGGUAAAGGAGCUUCCAUUCACUCUAAAAGGCACUGUAAUCGCUAAGGAUAUAAAGUGCAGUACGAGCUCCCCUGUAUAUGGAGAAGCCCUAACCCUAAGCUGCAAGGUGAUUGGAUGCAGCGCCCGAGACAUCACAGCGGAAUGGCAAGAGGGCAAUAAUCCCAUAAGGGGGCAAAUGAGAGCAGAACCCCAAACAGACAGAGAUUCGGUCACAUUCCUCCUCACACUGACGCCCACAGCAGAGCAUUAUGGGAAAUUACUCACCUGCCUGAUAAAGCACAAGGACCUACCCCAAGUGAUUAAGAAAACUACAUGCCUAAAGUUGCCAGACUUUCUUGCUGUUGAAGAAAUCACUUGCAAUCAGGAUCCCCCGAUAUAUGGAGAAGAGCUGACUCUGUGCUGCACUGUGACCAACUGCAACGCCCAGGAUCUCACAGGGGAAUGGCGACUGAACAAGCAACCAAUCAGGGGGGCCAAGACAAGGGAAACCCAAACCAGUGCCAAUUCCGUCUCUUUCCUGCUUGUGCUAAAAGUGACCGCCGAGCACCUUGGGAAAUUUACUUGUGAAGUAAAACACAAGAAUCUGCCGCUGUCAGUCCAGAAAACAAAAUAUCUUCAUUUACCAGUAAAUGUACCAACAUUAUCAGAGAUCACAAUGUGCCCAGAACAGUUUGUAUCUAACAGGGAAAGCCGAUUCAACAUCCAUAUUUCUGGCUUCUCUGACAAGAAUCUACAAGUUAAAUGGUUCAAGUCAUUCACCCCACUUACAGCAAAUGCAGAGACAUCAGAACCCCAGAUAGGAGAGGAUGGGUUAUAUUAUUGCUCCGGCACAUUGGGAUACACUCCAGUCAGCACAGACCUCAACAUGUCUAUCCGAUGUCAAGUCACUGCCAAUAUUAAAACCUGGGAAAAAGAGUAUAAAUUCACUGCCAAAGAACCUAUCGAACCCGCACCUGAAACUGCUUCUGAUGAAGGAACAGGGACGGAACCAACAGUAUAAUUGGGAGAUUGUUAGCCCCCCGCCCUGGGUCAGUCCCAGUCCCACUUACUGUGGGGGUAACGUAUAGUAAGGAUCCAGGAAGAACAAAGUCUCCCCUCAGGGGAGGGGGCCAAGCGGGUUCACUUGAAAAAGGGCUUUGCCUGAAACAUGUAGUGGAACCCACUAAUAAACACUAAUUGCAGCAAAG